AUGGAGGACAGCGUUGUGCAAACGCAAAACAAUGGCCGAAGAAUUCCGAAGGGUGAACUCGUGCUGAAGAAGUACCGCAUCGAGUUCAAGCUUGGAUCUGGCACAUUUGGCGACGUGUAUCGUGCCGAGGAUAUCGCAACGGGUGUUAAAGUGGCCAUUAAAAUAGAGUCUAAAAUCCCGGCGCCGGGACUGAUUCUUCAAGAGUACAAUCUGUAUUUGGCGCUACAGGGCCAGCAAGGGAUCGCCCAAGUGUAUCUCUGCGAGACGGACGAGAAUCGACAGGUGCAGGUGCUGAUAAUGGAACUGUUGGGGGACUCCUUGGAUUCACUGUUGACGACAUGCGGCAGACGCUUUUCGUUCCCUACCGCUUUGCAGCUGGGCAUGCAAAUGAUCGACAGAAUUGAACUGCUUCACAAGUACGGCUAUGUGCAUCGAGAUAUUAAGCCGCAAAACUUUGUGAUGGGCUGCAACGAAAAGGCCCACAUCGUUCACCUGAUUGAUUAUGGAUUGGCUAAGCCUUUUUGGGACUCAUCCCGGAAACGGCACAUCCCGGAUAAAUUUGUCGGUUCCUUCGUCGGCACUGUUCGCUAUGCGUCGAUUCAUGCACACCAAGGACGAGAGUUGAGCCGUCGAGACGACCUCUUGUCACUCGGAUACAUGCUUGUGAAGUUCAUCCUGGGAUACCUACCAUGGCAGAACAUCAAAGCUUUUUCGAAGGUGGAGAAACUCAAAAAGGUUUACCAGAAAAAACUGUCUUCAACACCCGAAAUUCUUUGCAAGAAUCUGCCAACCGAGAUUUUCAAGUACAUGCACUAUUGCUACAAGUUACGUUACACUACCACUCCCAACUACAAUUUUCUGCGAAACAAUUUUAAAGUUUUAUUGAACCAAUAUCAGUCUCAGAAUGGUGAGCAUGACUUCGAUUGGAUUCAGGAUCAUGACUCGGAAACAAGCGACCAAACCAAUAAGUCGUAG